AGGUCGUCCCGGGCUGCUCCAGGGUACCACCAACCGGGUGUGUUGGCGGUCCUUCAGUCCUUCAGCUAGAGGCCGCCUUUUUGGGUCUCAUCCAGGGCAGCUCCUUUGGCGUUCUCUUCACACUAAGCUUAUUGCUCGAACGUUGCUUCGGCGCAUGGGCACCUGCAUGUGGUCGGCUUGGGACAGUCUCGCACAUCCAAAGUGCCAACGCGACGUGGUGGUGGUUCACUUGGGGCAACCCGUGCACCGCACCACCAGUGCAGGGGCAACCGUUCCACCACGGUUCCGUGGUGUUUGGUGUUGUAAUUUGAUCCCUGGAGGAUAGCGGGAAGAAAUGGCAACUGGACAUGAAAGCAGAAAAUCCAACUUUCCGUUUCAGAAGACCUCGUUUCCUUUGUUUCUCUUCAAUGAUUCCUCCCCAUAGUGCUGGGUAGUCCAGGACCCAGACAGGAUGGUCCUAGUAUGUCCUGGUAAUCAGUUCUGACUUUUCAGUGAUGGACACCAAGUGUAAAGAAGCCUUGCCUCAGCCGUUUCGCGGCUUUCCUUCGCUCAGUGUUGCAGCAACUUCGAGUUUUGCUGCGCUACGACUUCCCUUUGGCACAUCAAGAGUGCGUGGGAUGGGCCAAGGGCCUGCGCCAUCGCUCUCUCAGUCAGCCAAGCGGCGACUUUGCUACAACUGCCAGGCCAAGGCGGCUCGGCGAAGGAAGGAGCCACAGUGGCAGGCCAUCGGAUCGCAGCUCCGGACGGAUCGCAGGACGCCCUUGAGACGUGCGCUGUCCGUGAGCCUAAGUGGCACGUCGCGGCGUUCCAGCGGCACGUCUCGGCUAGACCGGGAAUGUCCAGGAAAGCUGCAGAAACGCUGCGCCAUGGAGCUCCAUGAAGCACAGUUCUGCAGCCCGGCCGGAUGGCGCCAUUUCCUGGCGCUGGGGGAUGGCGCUUGAGGUCGGCGCAAGUUAGACACUCGCCGAGCUGGUUUUCCCGCUGCGAAGUGACCUUUCAGCUCGAUGAGUUUGAGUAUCAACGAGCGAGCAGCGCGUCAAAGAGACAAUAACUCGGCAUGCUGUGUGAUUUUGUGGAUCUUGAAAGUAUGUAGGCAUUGUUUUUGUAUUGUUUUUCUUUUUUGGGGGUUUUGGGAGGUGAAGGUGGGUGCCACAAUCCCAGAAACCUCCAGAAACUAUGAGUAGAGUGAGUUCAGGAAGCUGGGCUGAUCGAGGACUGGUAGAGUGAAG